AUGUAUGUGCAGUCGAUGCUGGGCAUCCAGCAGGAGGUCAUGUUCAAGAAGUACGGCUGCUACCCCGAUGAGGCUGUCUUCUACUGCCACGUAGUCCUCCUCCCCUUCUACAUCUUCCUGGUGGGCGACAUGAGGGAGCAAGUGAAACACCUCAACAACUCGGAGUCCAUGGUGUUGGUCGGCUGGCUCGGCUGGUCCCUGCCCAGGCAGUGGAUCUUCAUCAUCGGCAGUGUCUUCUCAAAUUUGAUCUGCAUAAAAUCCAUCUAUUGGCUGACCUCGUGUUACUCGUCCUUGACCGUGGCCAUGAUCGUGACCUUGAGGAAGUUCAUCUCCUUAAUUGUGUCACUGACCUACUUCGACAACAUCUUCACCUUCUACCAUUGGCUGGCCACUUUCUUCAUAUUUUCAGGGACUCUGCUUUUUGUGGACGAGGUUUCAACAUUCGGUGAUGAAGGUGUUAAAAGGGCUCUUAGGUUCGGGAUGAGUUGCUUCUGCGGGACUGAUGGUAGUGGUAGGGGUGUUAGUGGUGUUGUUGGUGGUGGUGGGGGUAGUGGUAAUGAUGUUGCUGGUGGUGGUCGUAAUGGUGUUGCUGCUGUUGACGGUACUGAUGAUGAUCGCAGUCGAAAUGGUGGUGUCGUGAGGAGGAGAGUUGAGAGCGGAUUGGAAGAUAGGAAUACGAAUAAUUCAAUAAAGGAAUGAACGAACGAAUGCAUGAAUGAACGAAUGAAUUAACGAAUGAAUGAAUGAAUAAAUAAAUGAAUGAAUGAAUGAAUUAAUGAAUUAAUUAAUUAAUGAACGAAUAUGAAUGAAUAAAUGAAUGAAUGAACGAAUGAUUUAACGAAUGAAUGAAUGAAUUAAUGAAUUAAUUAAUGAAUGAAUAAAUGAAUGAAUGAAUGAACGAACGAAUGAAUGAAUGAAUAAAUGAAUGAAUAAAUGAAUGAAUGAACGAAUGAAUGAAUGAAUGAAUAAGCGAACGAAUGAUGUUAUUGUUAACCAAGUGUUAACCUGAGAUUUUUAUUCAGGGUCCUUUACAUUUAAAAAUAAUUUUAUAGAAAUUUUUCGUGUUAUUUUUAAGAAAAACCGAAACUUUUUAUCGACAGAAUUAUAAUUUUGUUUUGCUUUCAUUUUAAAUUGUAAAUCUAUUUAGAGGCAAAAAUGAUGUGGCCACCCAUCCAACACAAAUACGACAUGUAGUACAACACAUACAACAUGUAGUACAACACACAUACAACAUGUAGUACAACACACAUACAACAUGUAGUACAACACACAUACAACAUGUAGUACAACACACAUACAACAUGAAGUACAACACACAUACAACAUGUAGUACAACACACAUACAACUUGAUGUACAUCGCACACUACAUUUCAUUACAUCUUAUGUUUACCAUUUUCUGAGCACCAACCAUUAUGGAGUGUGUGCUUGUCAUUAAACCUAUCUGUCUUUCAGAUGUUGAUGUUGUUAAUGCUAUUGUUUAUACGUUGUUGUUGUUGUUGUCUUUAUAUUUUCUUAGGAUAAAUUUGUUUCAUUUGAAAAUAUCUUUCAUUUGUAGGCUUAAAUUUUCAUUCAUUGUAUUCAAUUAACAUUCAUGGCGUGAAUGUCAUUCCAAGCUGUCGUUACAAGCUGUAAGUUUUUUGUUUUAUUUGGGAUAUAUUAUUAUUAUUAUUAUUGUUAUUAUUAUUAUUAUUAUUAUUGUUAUUAUGAUUGUUAUUAUUAUUAUUAUGAUUAUUAUUA